AUGGCGAAUUUUGCAAGCGAUCACUGGCAACAAAUAUAUAUUGGGGACUCAGCAGAUGGAGGACAAUCAGCAUCAGGCACAAGUCUGUACAACAACAGCCUAACAGGCGCAAUAUUUUUCACCGAAACAAACACCACGAAAGCUCAACAAUUAUGGCAACUCUACCCCUUCAACUCAACAUAUUAUGUCCUGCGAUCGAAAGACUCCGGCCCAUUAGGUUACCUGACCGUCAAAUUCCAAGCCAAUGAAGACACCCCAGGGAAGACAGUACCGCUGAUGACGAACGCGAGUAUAGCCGAUUCUUCUAUGUUCUGGCAGAUACAGCCAUGGGGAGAUGGAACGUUUUUCAUGACGAAUGCGGCGAAUGGAACAGCGUGGCAUUUGGAGAAGAAACGGAAUAGCUUGAUGGCAAUGAGUUCGAAUAUUACGGCGCCACAGGAUGGACAGAGGUUCUCCUUCAAACAGUUAGGACAGAUACAGAAUACGAACUACGCAACAGUUAUUACACCUACAGGAACAUCAACACCCUUGCCUUCAAAUUCAAUAACAAGUUCACCUGCUCCCACCUCAUCAAGCAGUUCCGGCCUCUCAACUGGUGCAAAAGCCGGUAUAGGUGCAGGCGUGGGUGUGGCAGCUCUGGCCGCCCUCCUCAUCCUUGGAUUCUUCCUCCUGAAGAGACGGAAACGAGCAGCACAAUCCUCUAUGCAAGAACCAACGCCACCUUACGAACCUGUUUCGCAGCAGACUUAUGAGACGGAAGGAAAACCAUUACACAACGAGAGGCCAGGAGAGUUGGACGCGCCGGUUGCGCAUCCGGCGGAGUUGAAUUCGGAUAAUACCCAGCAGGCUGCUGAGUUACCUACUUGGAACGGCAGAUGA